UCAAUGUAUUAGAAGAUAACUAGUUAGUUAAUUAAUCUGUCUCUUUUACUUUAUGACGAGAAAUACUCUAAGACAACAGUAGGAUCUAGGUAUCCGACAAUACGUAAGUCUUCCUUUAUUGAGGUCCAGGAGUUUGAUGAUAUUGCAGGUCAAAGGCACAAUAUCUGGAACCUUGACAUCUUCAAGCAUCGAGCCGCCUUCUCCGGAAUCUUGCCGUAGCAGAGACAAACUAACACUGAGCUUAUUCUGUAUAGGUCGGUUUGGCUUCGAGAAGUCGUACGAAAUACGCCAUAGUUUAAAUUUGUACCUGUCAGCGAUAUAUUAGCAAACCUCGAUUGGAUCGCUUAUGCCUCUAUACCUCGUUACCUUAUUUCAUCCACCGUGUGGGGUGCAUCCAGCGUAUGCUACCUCGGCCGGCGAGAUAAAUAAGGUGAAAGGGUAAAAUAACUCCAAGUUAUGCAAGUAUAAAUACUAGUAUCGACGUUACAUAUCGCACUUGUCAUUCUGCAAGUGUUAAUUGGUUCACGUGGGUGCGUCCUAGAGACUCGGAGUUAGACUCAGGGAUCUUCCUAGCAGUAGGAAGAACGCCACAUCCCCAACCUGAGAACGAUUGGAUAAAAAAGAAAAGGGGCCUGCGAGCUUCGUCCCGCCCGUCACCGAUUUAGAUUAUGCACAAACUGAUUUUGCGUCUCCGACGGUAUGGUCGAUGCACGAUGGCAACCGAAGAUAAAAACAGCAAGCGCCAACCUGAUAGAUCACUAGAUGAUAUCUUAAGGGGGAAGGUAUAUAUUGAAGAACUCCCUUCGGAUAUAGAACCUAUCAGGAGGCUGCUAGAGAAAUAUAGCGGCAUUCGCACUAGAGAGGUUGACGAUCAUAUUCAUGAAAUACGAGAUCGUCUCUGGGAGAUUUAUCCCUAUGUUUACAUCGGCCACUUUCGUUUCCUUUCCCUUGGGUUCACAUUGGAUCCUCGGUACCGGAUAGCCUUAAAUCGGUUGCUCGCGCCCAAGUCGGAGGCUACAUUUCUCGACGUGGGCUGCUGCGUGGGACAGGUAUUACGACAACUCACAUUUGAGGGUGUAGAUUCAUCGAGACUGUACGGCACGGAUUUGGAACCACGCUUUCUAGACGCGGGCUACGACUUAUUCAAGGACCGAGACAAGUGCAAUGCUACGUUUGUAGCUGGUGACAUGUUGAGUCAGAACGGGCAGACCGACGAAGGCGAUGAAAGGUUAAAGGUGUUCGACGGCAAGAUGAAUAUCAUCCACGCGACUAGCUUUUUCCACCUAUUCUCAUGGGAAAAUCAAGUCCGGGCCGCCAUGAGAAUGGUGCGAUUUCUCGACGCGGACGACCCUGAUGUCGUGAUUUUCGGUCGCCAAGUGGGGACGACAACGCCGGGCGACAGAGAAGGGGCUGGUGGUUCUAAGAAGUUCCUGCAUAACGCUGUAAGCUGGCAAGAAUUAUGGGACGAGGUCGGCAAAGCAACGGGGACCGCGUGGCGGACCGAAGUGAACGAGAUGGAAGAAUCAGACAUACAUCCAGACGGUAGUACCGACGGAACGCUUCGGCGCAUACGGUUUGGAGUUUUUCGAGCUUGAAUACUGCACUAGGGUUUAUGUAUACUGAGCUUGAUGCAUAUUAGUUGGCGUUCUCACGGAUAUAUCCACAGGCGACUUAAGGGAAUUAGAGCAUACGGACUACAUUGGAAGGGUAACGAGGCACGACCGAGUUUUUCUCUGUAUAGACCUCAUGGCGUUACUUGCAUUGCGUACCAACAGGCUCGGAGUAAAUAUUAGUUAACUGGGCAUCCAUCACUAUUUCCUUGUUGAAAAGGUGUCGUUGAUAUACAGACAUAUUUCUUAAGUGGUUCCGGUGUCGUAGUACCGUUGCCAGAGUAUUAGCCUUCCAACUUCUCCACACGCAUAUUAUAUAUAAAUAGCAUCGAGGCGAAGAUAGAAGGGAAGCAUGCGAAGAAAGGGAGUCAAAGAUGUCACUCAGCUACCUAAGCUAUUCCUAGGGUAACAAUCUCAGGGAACAGCCCGUUCAGAGAAGGGGUUUCGUGGUUGGCGAGGCCAUUCCACUACCUACCCACCCUAUGCAGUCACAAUCUCCCCAUUUCUAGCUUAAGUACCUAUCGGUCAUAUUGCUGGAUCAGGAAGAGGGUUCUUUUUUUCAUAACUAAUAUUGUAUGGGC